CUGUUUACACUGUAGCGUGCAUUGCUUGCACAGUUGCACUGACAGAUGGCAUAUGGUCUGUGGAGAUUCACUUCCUCUGUGUCCUACAGCCUGAUGUUUAAUGUCAAAACCGUGCCGGCCCUAACGCGGGCUGGGGCGGACAUUCCCUACAGGUGGCUCCUAUCCAGCCGAAGGGUCCGGUCCUCAACUGCGACGACCCACACGGAGCAGCAGGACGGUGCCAGCAGCCGCAGCAACGCUCAACAUGACCCGGAGUUUCCCGGACAGCCGGGCAGAGGAGGGAGAGACGGAAACAUCACUGCCGCUGCUAAUGAGAUCUCCGUAGACUUUGAGCAGUCACAGGUGGCUUAUAAGAGCAAAGACUCACUAGAGCUGCUCAGGAGUUUGGUGGUCUUCAAACUCUGCUCCUUUGACUUCCUGGUUGAUAAAAAUAAAGAGAUAAUGGAUCUAGGUAAGAAGAUCCUGGGCCAGGGCGCCUUUGACCAGUUCAUGAAGAUGACGUUUUAUGGACAGUUUGUGGCCGGUGAGGACCACGUGGCCAUCAGGCCGCUGAUCCAGAAGAAUCAGGCCUUUGGCGUUGGCUCUGUCCUGGAUUACAGCGUGGAGGAAGACAUUAGCCAGGAGGAGGCCGAGCAGAAAGAGAUGGAUUCACGUGUGUCUGCUGCAGAAAAAGAGAUAGGUGAGGACCACAGAGAGGAAAAACUGUUCAGGGACCGGCGCGGGGGUGUGUCUGGAGCCUGCACGUAUUUCUACGCAGAUGAGGCCAAAUGUGACCAGCAUAUGGAGACCUUCAUCAAAUGCAUCAAAGCAUCUGGUGGGAGCUCAAUGGACGGUUUUACUGCUAUUAAAAUGACUGCUCUGGGACGACCUCAGUUUCUGCUCCAGUUCUCAGAAGUCCUGGUGAAAUGGCGACGAUUUUUCUCCUUCUUGGUAUCACAGCAGGGGAGCGAGGGCAUGCAGGCUUUAGAGCAGAGGCUGGAGCUGAAACAACUGCAGGAAUUCCUAACUAAACUGGGAGCAAAAGGUGACAUGUAUGGCUGGUUUGCUGGAAAAAGUGAGGAAAUUCCAGGAACCAUUGACGUGCUCGACUGGAACAGCCUGAUAGAUGACAGAACAAGGAUUUCGGACCUGCUGGUGGUCCCCAAUGUAGAGCUAGGGGAGCUGGAGCCUCUGCUGAAGAAGUUCAACACAGAAGAGGAGAAACAGUUGAAGAGGAUGUUGCAGCGCAUGGACACCUUAGUCAAGCAUGCUAUAGAGAAUGGCGUUCGCUUGAUGGUGGAUGCAGAGCAAACGUACCUCCAGCCGGCUAUCAGCAGACUGACAUUGGAGAUGCAGAGGAUCUACAACAGAGAGAAGCCUGUCGUCCUCAACACCUACCAAUGUUAUCUCAAGGAGGCCUAUGAUAAUAUUGCCAUGGACGUAGAAUUGUCUCGACGUGAGGGAUGGCAUUUUGCUGCCAAACUGGUGCGAGGGGCUUAUAUGUAUCAGGAACGAGAGCGGGCUAAUGACCUCGAUUAUGAAGACCCCAUUAACCCAAAUUAUGAGUCCACCAAUAUGAUGUACCACAGGUGCCUGGACUACGUGCUGGAUGAGAUUGCGCUGGACAGAAAUGCCAACGUUAUGGUGGCUUCCCAUAAUGAGGACACGGUAAAACACACCUUGAGGAGAAUGAAUGUGCUGGGUCUCUUACCGACAGAGAACAAGGUAUACUUCGGUCAACUCCUGGGCAUGUGUGAUCAGAUCAGCUUCCCACUGGCCCAGGCAGGCUUCCCUGUCUAUAAGUACGUCCCCUAUGGACCGGUGAGCGAGGUGAUGCCCUACCUGUCUCGGAGAGCCCAUGAGAACCGGGGCUUCAUGAAGGGAGCCCAAAAGGAGCGGGAGCUUCUGUGGAAGGAGCUGAAACGCAGACUAGCCUCUGGGGAGCUUCUCUACAGACCAGCAUACUGAAAAAACUGAAGAACAGACAAUGAGUGUGUCAAUGUGUCCAGCAUUUUUUUUAAUCUUCUCUAGUUGACGGCUGCUGCUGUGGCUGUCUGUUCCGUCUCUCCCUCCCGGCUUUCCCUGGAUGUACAUCUCCUGUUCUACCCUGUCCUAGAGUCUCAUGCUGAUGGACUGUUUCAGCAUGUCACUCUCUUAUUCCCUCUUUGCAUCGUUGUUUUUCUCCAUUCUCCACUGAUGUUUCCCACCUUCAGCCCUGUGUGCCACCCAUGUUCUCUCUAUUUCUUUUCCUUAUCCGCCUCUGCACCUAUAAGCACUCCUCAUUUUGUCUUUCCCGUUGUCUGUAUGGCUCUGGUAUCCAUCAAGUGGGCAUCUUUACUGCUCCAAAAGGACUCCCUGAAAUGUCAACGAGAGAGGGGCGGGCAUCUCUUUUUAUCACCCUAUUCAUCUCAAAGGAGGACAACAAUAAUAAAAAUAACAAGCUUGAUUUAAAUGCUAGUAAAGGAAA